AUGGGUAAUUGCAGUGGAGUUAACUGCUGCUCGAAAGAAAAUGAAUUAGUUUUAAAAAAUAAUGAAAAUGGAACAGCAGAAAUUACUACAUUAGAAAAAACCAAUUAGCGUAAUUAUGCAAAUGGAAUUAAUCACGAUGAAGACACAACAACAUAUGGUUUCAGCAAGGAAAAAGAUGAUACGUAUGAUCACAAUAAGCAUUCUUCAGGAAAUGAUAAUAAUUAAAGCCCUGGCAACAAGGAUAGAUAAGGACUUGAAUCCUCGAUAGCAUUAUUAAAUAGUAAAAGCAACAUUUUAAAAGAUCAAUAUUCAAAUAAAGCUGUUUCAGAUGAAGAUAAUUAACUCAUCAAAUAAACAUAAAGUUAAAAUUUUAGAAUGAAAUUAAAGUAAAUUAUAUUUGAAAAUGGGACAAAAUAUGAGGGAGAAUGGCUUUAGGGCAAAAAGUCAGGUUAUGGAAAAUAAGUAUGGCCAGAUGGGUCUUAUUAUGAAGGAGAUUGGAAGGAUAACAAAGCAAAUGGAAAAGGAAAAUUAUAUCAUGUAGAUGGUGAUAUAUACGAAGGUGAUUGGUUGAAUGACAAAGCAAAUGGAUAUGGAGUUUAUAACCAUAGCAGUGGAGCUAAAUUUGUUGGUUAAUGGGAAAAUGAUAAAUAGCAUGGAUAAGGCCUUGAAAUUUGGCCCGAUGGUACUCAGUAUGAAGGAAACUAUGUUAAAGGAAAGAAAGAAGGAUACGGAAAAUUAACUUUCGCAGAUAAUUCAUAUUAUGAAGGAGAAUUUUAAAACAGUGAAAUACAUGGAGUGGGAUAUUAUGUUUGGCCAGACCAGAGAAAGUAUAUAGGCUAGUGGAAAUAAAGUAAAAUGCAUGGCUACGGAAUGGUUGUUUGGAAGGAUUAAAGAUCUUAUGAAGGCUAAUAUCUAGAUGAUAAAAAGCAUGGCUUUGGAGUAUUUAAAUGGGGUGACGGCAAGAAAUACGAAGGUCUUUGGGAAAAUGGUAAACAGAAUGGAGUUGGAAUUUUUACUAACUCUAAAGGAGAAAAAAAAUAUGGGUCAAUGAAAGAAGGAAAGAGAGUUAAAUGGAUAAAUGCACAAAUUACAGAAGAAAGUGAGUGUUUGGAUAUUAUAAAAUAAAUUAGAGAUUUUGCUCAAAAACACAAUUUUCCAAAUUUUGAUCCAAAAAUUUAUGACAUUUAUAUUGAGACAUAAGUAUGCUUGCCUCCAGAAAUCUCAGCUAAGUGUAAAUGA